AUGGACAGGGGUACAUGGAACAAACGCGUUCGAUAUCAAGGAGGACCUAACCGGUCUCAGCCGAGUAGUUCCACUACAAGGCCGCUGGUCAAUACCGCCGGUCCAAGCAGACCGUCGUCUCACACAACACCCGGAUCAAGUACCGCCACCGCGCCGCCCCAACGCCGAGUCCCUCCAGCAAGUGCCCGGCCUUUUGUUCCAAAAGAUAGACCCCGACAAUGGGCAAGCUCGAUUCGCUCCGAAGCUGGAUCCGCUGCUUCCUCAAGUAAUUCUGAUACACUGAUUCCAAAGCAAGCUCCCUUGUCGAAAGCUGCUCAAAUCAGAAAGUUCCUGGAGUCGCGAGGAAUCAUUAUCGAAAAUACGAGAAAAUCACUUGGAGAGGGUUCUUUUAGCAAGGUCUACAAAGCUGUCCGUAAUCGUACCAGCGAAAUGGGCGAUGUCAAAACUCCCGUAGCCGUCAAGAUCAUCGAUCGAGCAAAUCUAGCUGAAAACAUGCGAGAACACUUUCUCCCGCGCGAGCUUGAGAUCAUUCGCGCUGUCCGCCACUCGAACAUAUGCCGCUUACAUUUCAUCAUGAGCAUGACUGACAAAAACACCGAUAAAAUUUUUAUCAUAUCAGACUUAUACGGUGGCGGUGACCUCCUUGACUAUAUAAUGGCCAAGGGGAAGUUCAGUGAGCCGAGAUGCAGAAAGCUUUUCAAGGACAUAACGAGAGCAGUUGCUUACUUGCACAAGAAUGGAAUCGCACAUCGAGAUCUCAAAGGCGAAAACGUUCUUCUCAGAUUCAACGAAAAGGAGAAACCUGACAAAGCAGUAAUUACUGACUUUGGCUUCGCGCGACGUGUGGAUCCCCAAACACGCUCAUCAACCUUCUGUGGUUCCACAGCAUACGUGCCUCCGGAAAUUCUGGAGAACACGCCCUACCAUCCCUUUAUCUCAGACUGCUGGAGCCUGGGCGUCAUUUUGUACAUUAUGAUCUGCGCGUUUAUGCCCUACGACACGAAGGAUACACGAAAAAUGAUCAAGUGCCAACGCGGAAAGAUGAACUUCUAUCACAUGCAGGGACAGAUCAUGCCCGUCAUUGAAAAUCUCAUCUGCCGACUGAUGAACCCAGACAUCAAUACGCGAAUCACCGCUGAAAAAGCUCUUGAAUCGCCCUGGCUGAACGGAGUCCGGCCCCCACGAGCGAAACGCCCAAGAAUUGAAAAUGCAACCAAUAACAUUCAAAUUGGUUAA